GAAACUGCAGUUCUCAGUGCAAGAGAGUGGAACUUGAAGCAGGACCGCGGCAUGCACCGGCCACAGCGCGCCUCAGCUACCUACUGCACAGCUACCGGUGGGCAGGACCUGCUCAUGCAGAGGGGCAGCAUUUCACUUGUUCAGCCUGGUCACUCAACGCUUUCGCAAAAAUCUAGAUCUUGUUUAGCUGGGCAUUGCUCCGGAGGCAUAGUCCAUAUACAAUUGGCGUGUGGAGAAGGAGAUGGCUCUGUUGAAGCACAGUACAUGGAGCUUCGAGAGAGCUUUUGCUAUUCUCCGGUGGCAGCCAGCGCUUGCAGCAUUUGCCCCAGGCAUGCUUGGAUUGGGGCAGGCUGGGCCUGCCGUUUUGGAGAGUGCAAUUUCCACUGAGCCCCCAGCAGGGGCAUCGGGCAUCAAGAGUUUCGCCACAGCUGCGAUGGGCAAGGUGAAGCGAAAGAGCCCCAAGGGCUUGCCCCCUCCUGAUGAAGGGGGAACCGGGCAGCGCCGGGCUGCCCUCGAUGCGGCGCUGCUGCAGAUUGAGAGCAGCUUUGGGUCUGGCUCCGUGAUGCGCAUGGGGGACCUGGCGGCGGCCAACAAGAACGUGGCGGUCAUUCCCACGGGCUCCCUCGCACUGGACGCCGCGCUCGGGGUGGGGGGGCUACCCAAGGGGCGAGUGGUGGAGAUCUUUGGACCGGAGGCGUCAGGGAAGACCACCCUGGCGCUGCAUGUGGUGGCAGAAGCGCAGAAGCAGGGAGGGACGUGCGUGUUCAUUGACGCUGAGCAUGCUCUGGACGCCUCGUUUGCGGAAGCGAUUGGCGUGCACACAGCGGACCUGCUGAUUGCGCAGCCCGACAGCGGGGAGCAGGCGCUCGCGGUGGCGGACACGCUCAUUCGCAGCGGCUCCGUGGACGUGGUCGUCGUGGACAGUGUGGCUGCGCUGGUGCCCAAGGCGGAGCUGGCGGGCGAGAUGGGCGACGCGCACAUGGCCCUGCAGGCGCGCCUCAUGAGCCAGGCGCUGCGCAAGCUCACGCACUCGCUUGCCAAGAGCGACACCCUGCUCAUCUUCAUCAACCAGAUACGAAAUAAGCUCAGCACGUUCGGAGGGUUCGGGGGACCCCAGGAGGUCACGUCGGGCGGCAACGCGCUCAAGUUCUACUCGUCGGUGCGGCUGAACAUUCGGCGCAUAGCGUACUUGAAAAAGGGAGAAGAGGUAGUGGGCAGCACGGUGCGCGUGAAGAUUGCCAAGAACAAAGUCGCGCCGCCGUUCCGGGCAGCGGAGUUCGACAUCGAGUUUGGGCGCGGCAUCUCGCAGGAGGGCGAGCUGCUGGACAUCGGCGUGCGGGAGGGCCUCCUGCACAAGUCGGGCGCGUGGUACUCGUACAAAGGGGAGAACUUCGCGCAGGGCCGGGACAAGGGCAAGCUGUACUUGCGGGACAACCCCGCAUUUGCCGCCGAGCUGACGGCAGCGGUGCGGGAGCGGUUGCAGAGUUCACUUUUGGAGCGGAAAGAUAGCACGAGCGGUGCCACGUCGGUCGAUGACGAGAGCGUCGAAGAGGACGACCUAGAAAGAGACGAUUAUGGAGCAGAGGCCGUGGGAUGAGGCGGCUGCUUCGUCCAUGUUUGAUCUUAUUGUAAAAAGGCGUCUAGCUGAACCGUCACACGUCGUCUGGUAUAUGUGCGCAACAUCAUUUGCA